AUGAACAGUGCUUUGGGGAGUUGCCUUUGCAAGAUUGCAGAUGGCACUGUGAAGAGAGAAGACAUAUUCUACACUUCAAAGCUUUGGGUCACUUUCCUUCGACCAGAGUUGGUCCGACCAGCCUUGGAAAGCUCCCUGAGGAAACUUCAGCUGGACUAUGUGGACCUCUACAUCAUUCAUUUCCCAACAGCUCUGAAGCCUGGAGAGGAACUUCUUCCAGAAGACGAACAUGGAAAAUGCAUAUUCGACACAGUGGAUCUCUGUGCCACGUGGGAGGCCCUGGAGAAGUGUAAGGACGCGGGAUUGACCAAGUCCAUCGGCGUGUCCAACUUUAACCACAAGCAGCUGGAGAGGAUCCUGAACAAGCCAGGGCUCAAGUACAAGCCCGUCUGCAACCAGGUAGAAUGCCACCCUUAUCUCAACCAGAGAAAGCUGUUGGACUUCUGCAAGUCAAAAGAUAUUGUGCUUGUGGCCUACAGUGCUCUGGGAUCCCACCGAGAAAAAAAGUGGGUGGACCAGAACUCGCCUGUUCUCUUGGAUGAUCCAGUGCUUUGUGACAUGGCCAAAAAGCACAAGCGCACCCCAGCCCUGAUUGCCCUUCGCUACCAGAUCCAGCGUGGGGUCGUGGUCCUGGCCAAGAGCUUCAAUGAGAAGCGGAUCAGAGAGAACAUGCAGGUUUUUGAAUUCCAGUUGACACCAGAGGACAUGAAGGUCUUAGAUGGACUAAACCGAAACGUGCGCUAUAUCAGUGGUCAAUUUGUCAUUGGCCACCCUGAGUAUCCAUUUACUGAAGAAUAUUAGCAGGGAACCCUGCGCCAUGCCUUCUACCAGGAGCCCCUGUGUGUGCCGAGUGAUGCGGGAAACUUCUCACAUGCUGCUGAUUAGAGACAUCACCUCGGGUUAAAUCCAUGCUGCUUAACAAAGUACACUCAACUAGACUCCAGUCUGUAGGAAAGGCAUUAAACUCUUCUUGCUUUGUGAAAAAACAGAAUUUAAUUUUUUGCUAAGA